UAACUUUUUAAAAAAAAUUGAAGAGUUUAAGCCUAUUAUUCUUCGAUUUAGCAAAGAUUUGUGAUUCUCAAGGAGGUUUUACUUAACCGAUAUGAAGAUAUUUGUGUUUAUCAAACAGAAACAUGCAUGUAACUUAACACAGUUGUCGUAAACCUUUGAAAUCAUUUUUAUUAUAUUAAGGAAGAACUUCGAGAAAGUGUGGUGUAGUUCAUAAGAUUUGUUGAGAAUUUUGUUUUGUYUGUACGUCUGUUUUCAAAAAGGAAAGAAGAAGUAAAAAAGUCACUACAAGGAUCGAAAACAGACAUGAACCAAGUAAACUCCACUCCAGAUGAAAGAUUACAAAACCUCACUAUAAACUUCAAAACUGGUGAAAACAAUUCCACUAAUAAUGAAGCACUUAGUGAUGAUGUGAAUCCAGACUYUGUUUCAAGUGUUGAAAAGAAGGGUGAUAGCGAUAUGCCUUUUUCAAGUAAUAGAAAUUUAAUGGACUUGCCACCGGAGCUUAUUCUGCUYAUUUUUUCAUAUCUGGAUGCAAGGUUUACUUUGAAAGUACUUUGUCAAGUUUGUAAGUUUUUUAAUCAGUUAUUAUCACCGGARGCAACUUGGAAGACACGGUUUGGGUUGAGGUGGCCAAAGAGGAACAGAAAAGAAGAUUAUGAUUAUGUGACAAGCUGGAAGAAAGUCUGCGUCGAUCAUGAAGACAUGGACAAGUUUUGGAGAAACCCAAGCSAAGACUUUGAUUUUUUUCAGUUGAAAAAUCACUUUGCACCAGUCGAUGCGGCUAUCRUAAUGGCAGGAGGGAGGCUUUGUGUGUCGGGAUCAAGGGACAGAUCAGUUGGAGUGUGGAACCUUGCAUCUCUUAAAAAACAGGGAGAUGAAAAUAAUGCACUUAUUCAUAAUUUGGAUGGGCACAAGGGCUGGGUGUGGUGCUUAGCUAGUGACCCCACUGGGUCACCAAGAGUGUGCUCAGGUUCAUGGGACAACUCUGUCAAGAUAUGGGACCUGCAGAGCAACACUGUUGAAAUGACUACAAUCCGUAAUCACAAAGCUGCUGUGUUAUGCAUGGAAUGGCAACAAGAUAUUCUCGUAACAGGAAGCUAUGACAAACAUGUUAGAAUGUUUGAUUUAAGAGACUGCCRUAUAGUCAAUGAAAUGAGGUACCAUACAAAACCAGUCCUGUGUUUAUCUAUGGAUGAUCGCUUCAUCGUAACAGGCAGUGAAGAUAAAACCAUGUGCGUGUAUGACCGCAGAGCAUGUUCCGUCUUCAAAGUCUUACCGCUCRAGAGCCCUGCCUUUUGUAUAUGUAGAAGUUCUUCAGCAGGAUACAACUAUCUUCGCCUUGGGGGCAGAGCAGGACAGAUUUACUUMGUCAAUACUACAGCUGACUCUUUUGAGAUAAUUGAGACAAUUGGUGAUUGUAGCAACGAAGCUGGUUUGCAAGGCAAGAUCUGUGGCUUGUGUCACUACGGCGGGGCUAUAGUGGCAGCAUCUAGUGACCAUUCUAUUAAGAUUCUAGAACCGUCAAGGGUGCCAGUUAAAAUAUGUUCUUUUAAUGAACACGCUGGAGAUGUAGCAUCUGUACAUAGCAAUGGUGGAGUGUUAGCAUCAGCAUCUAGUGAUCUAACGGUCGGGAUCUGGAGACCCAAAUCUUUACAUCCUAUUGAAUAACUUGGAACUUAGCAGUGAAUUGUGAAAUAAAACUUUGGUGGUGUAAUAUGUUACAAGCUGUGCUGUGCCUUGCCGUGCCUUGAUGUCAGUGCUGUGCUGUUUUGUGCUGUUCUGUAGUUUGCUGUGCAGUUCUGAGCUCUACUCUACUCUUCUCUGUGCUUUGCCCAAUGRGAUAUACGCUAAAUGCUCUCAAUGAUAAUCCACCAAACGAUGGCAAUAUAGACCUAACUCGGCCUCGAAUCACAGAAAAUCUCUCUUUCAAGACAUUCUUAAAGAGAUCUGUUCGAAACGCAUGUAUAACUGGAUUAAGAAAUGAAUUAAGGCUUAAACAGAAUGCAGGAAUAACAUCGAACAUGGUUCCUAUGACUUCACGAACAGAUGGCUCACCACCUGAGACAACUGUAAUAGCUAAGAAAAAAACCGGAAUGAGAAAAAAGAUAAUAUUGCUUCCAACCAAGAUUGAAAUCCGUUUUGCGAGUUUGGAUUCUCGCCUGAUGCCGGCGUUCUGAGCUGCACGCUUUGUGGUAAUGUAAAUAUGAAUGUACAAACAGAAGGAUAGCAGGUACAGCAAUAUUGCUACAGAACCUAUUGUCAACGUGAAAACGUAUGGGUAAAUUAUAUUGAUACUAUAUCUAAGGCGAAGUGGAACACAUAAGAAAGUUCUAGCGAAAUAGUUAUAGUAAAGGGCCCAGCAAGUCAGAAAGACAGCCACCAACCAACAAACGGAGAUCAAAAUCAUAGCCAUGCGACGAGUGAUUCGAACGUCUGGUUUAAGACUGUAGACAAUAACAAGAUACCUCUCUAGAGUUAACAAGAAGGAUGUAACUACGCCCCCCGAUUGACCUAACAUCCACAGAAAACCAAUCUUCAAGCAUUUUUCACGAGAAUUCGUAUGGAUUUCGAAAAACGAAAAGCURUUUAAAUAUACUCCAAUCUUCACUAUAUAAAUCCCUACAAACAAGUCACUCAGCGCCAUGUUGCAUAUAAAUAACAUUAAAACAUUCUUGCGAAGGCUUCUAGACGUUAUGAUGCUCAAGAGCACGACAAGAUUUAGCAGCGCUGCCACACUCCCUACAAAAGACUGACAAUUGACUACUUUAAGUGUUGUUCCCCAACACGUAUUCCCCRCCUCGUGGUAGUAGUACUUUUUCUUAUUUACACAUACAAAUGUKUUGUGAUUGUUGCACUGCACAUGAAAAUUAGUACCGUUGAGUGUUUGCGCCAAAACUGAGAGGUUGUUGACUCGAAAUGCAUGUAAAUGACAUCCUCUUUUUAAAACGUAAGGCGCUUCWGGUGACCAACUAAAAUUGUUUCGAGUUAAUGAACAAUAUCUGCAGCGUGRCUCGGAUACCCUUGAUAGGAGGACGAGUUUGCUGACAAGUUUUAACCUAGGCAACUGAAGAAAUGAUUUCUCCAGUACCCAGUGCUUGAUCCCUGUAACGUACAGAACUGACAGCGAGGGAAGUAGGCCCGAUAGAUUUCCACUCAUUGAACGAAGAGGAUUGUAAGAAAGUCUUCUGUGAGAAGAAAAAAAAAAGGAAAGAGAGUGAAAGKUAGAAAUUAUAGAGCACAGAAUUGUACAGGCAAGAUUUAGGUAAUUUGACACACUGCUCGCAAUGUCGCGCGUGAUGGUGAAUGGAUCUAAUAAGUGUCCUUGAGGUAUACCAUCUUGAGGGAAGGGCUGCGGCUUCAGAGAGGAGGGUCAGUAUAAAUUUAAACUUUUGUAAAGGGUCGAGCCUUUUUCAUUUUAUUCGGUGUCCUUAGUGACUUCAUAAGAGGGUCGUGAAUUUUUUACUGAGUGAAGAGUGAAGAGGGGUGGGCUAAAACCAURUUUUGCAACGAAUGUUCUGGUUGAGUGAUAGCAACUAUUAGUCACUAAAAAGUACUAUUUGUCCGCAGCAUCAACUUUGUUUUUAUUUCAUGGUUUCACUGCAUGCACUCUAUUUUAUGUCCUUUCAUGCGUAACUGUUAAAUAAAGAAAUCUAGGGAAUGAUACGCGUGGUCUGAAGUUCAAAAACAUUGCGCCCAAGGUAACGAAGCUAAGUAUAUAGGUCGGUAUCAAUAGACGUCACUUCCGGUAAUAGCUCUUUUUUGAUAGCUUGUAGGAUCCUGGAGGUU